CCAGAACCCCGGAUCCAGAACCCCCGAAGCCCCUCGCUGAUCGCCCAAGCCGACGGCGCCGAACGACUCGAUCGUUCCUCGCUUCACGAAACCGACGCCGCCCUUAAGCCUAGCUUAAGCCCGGUCGUAACAGAUAUACAACACCACACAACUGUCAAAACUUCCGCAUCUACUCGCAAGAUUUGGACACAUAUCACCCCUGACAUUCAUAGCAGGAGUCAUGCUUGGCACGCGUCGCCACUCGAGAACGCCACAACUCACGCCAGACAUCAUCGGUGA